AUGAAGAGUUUGAUCCCUCUGCUCGUCUUAGCGUCAGCAGUUGCUGCUGUGGACAUCCAGAAGAGAGCGCUGAAUGCAGUGGACUGUCCUUCUAACCAGGGUCACCAUUAUGUGGUUCUGAGGGGUAUUUUUGAUUCCUCAAGCUACUGUGGAGGGAAUCUGAUCAGUGAUCAAUGGAUCCUCACUGCUGCUCACUGUGAAAAAUAUUUCUUUAAAGUGGCUUUGGGCAAACAUCCAUCUGGAAAGGCAGCAGAAAAGAUAAUCCACCCAUUUUCUGAAAAGCAUAUUUAUAAAGAUAGUACUGGUCACAGUCAUGACAUCAUGCUUCUUAAACUGUCCAAACCAAGUACUCUUCCCACCAUCAAUCUCCCUCCUAUCGGAUGUACAUCACCUACUGCACCUUUCAAUAAUCCCUAUACUAUCAUGGGAUGGUCCGACACAAAAUAUAACCCGACAACAGAAAAAUACUACCAUGAACCCAAGAAUCUGCAAUGUGGUGAUGUUGAUCUGGUUAAAAGCUGCACUGGUCGAGACCUAACUAUAGGUCAAUAUAAAAAAGAACAUCUGCUGUGCUCCAACUCAGCAUGUCAAGCCUGCCCAGGGGACUCUGGUGGCAGUCUGGUGAAGGAUGAUGUUCUGGUUGGAAUCAACGUUGCUAUUUUGAAACCACCCUCACAGUAUACUAUCUACAUGGAUGUCUGUGCCUACAGGCAGUGGAUUAAAGAUACAGCUGGCAUUAACUGA